CCCCGAAACAACGUAAAAAGAUGUAACCGGGAGAGCCAAAUAUGUGGACCUUUUUCGUUCCACAGCGAAUCGGCUGAUGACACGUCAUGAUAAUUUUUACUGUCUACCGUCCGAAACAGGCUUGCGUAUAUCAGAAAAACAGUUUAGGGUGAAUAUCAAAAACCCCCGGAGGUUUAGACCCAAUCGCCCAUUCCACCCGCAGGGAUAAAACUGAUUCAAUUCAUAUCACUCUGAACAACCCAGAAAAAGAAAAGAAAAACUAAGAAGGUGAGAUAAAAGUUGGGAGCUUUGAUGAUUUUGCAGCGUUCAAUUGCGAAUUCAAUGCUUAGUAGUGUAUCCAGAUUCUCAUAUGCUGGACCCAGUUGCAUCUUGCCUAAAAGGCAUUCGUCUUUAGUAAUAUGCGCCUUAUCUAGUACCACUAUUCACACACGAAGCUCUAAAAUUAGAGCAUUUGGAACCGCAGCUUCAGCUACCGCCGUUGAUUCUGAUGAUAGUAAUGCAAAAGAUACAUUCUUUGCGGCUGAAAAUGUGUCUUGGGCAUCUCUUGGUGUGUCAAAUUUGGUCUCUGGAGCUCUGUCUAAGAUUGGUUUGCAUAGACCCUCGUUGGUUCAGGUUCUUAAUUUGGCUUUCUUUUUUCUUUUUUUCUUUUUUUUUUGGGUUUACUAACUUCAGUUAAUACGUGCAGCCAUACCCUUUUGGUUUUCAUUUGAUAUUUUUCAGGGGAAUGAUGAAUGUUUUCACUUUUUUGGUUUAUAUAUCUAUUUUUGGUGCUUUUAAAUUUUAAGUGGCAGUUGUUUAUCACAUAGUGUAUUAUCAUGGGUUACUUAAGAAUUUCCUUUAAAUUUUAGGCCGCUUGCAUACCAAGUAUCUUUUCCGGAGUUGACACAGUAGUUGCUGCAGAGACUGGUAGUGGAAAAACCCAUGGGUAUCUAGUUCCGUUGAUUGAUAUGCUAUGUAAGGCUUCUGAUAAUUUGGAAGAAGAUUCUUCCAAUGGAGGGAGAGGCAAACGCCAUCAGCUAUCCCUUGUUCUCUGUCCGAAUGUUAUGUUGUGUGAGCAAGUUGUCCGGAUGGCUAACUGUUUGGUUAAAGAAAAUGGUGAACCGCUGCUUAGUGUAGCAGCCGUUUGUGGGCGUCAGGGUUGGCCUGUUCUUGAACCUGACAUUAUAGUUUCAACACCAGUUGCACUUCUGAAUUACCUAUAUGCGAUUGACCCAGAGAAACGCAGACGGACCAAUUUCAUACGCGGUGUGAAAUACAUUGUUUUUGAUGAAGCAGACAUGUUACUUUGUGGGAGCUUUCAGAACCAAGUAAUUCGUAUUAUAAACAUGCUUCGUUUUGAUGAAAAGCAGCUGUCUCGAAUGAAUGGCUUAGAGUAUGAGAACCCUCUAGCCUCAAAUGAUAUUGCAGACAUAGAAUCUAGUAGAGAUGAUAAUGAAGAGAUGGAAUCAGAUGCUUUUUUAGAAAACAAUGAAGAUUCUGAGAGUGAUGGUGAUCUUGAGAAUCUAGAAAGUCAAGCUCCUGCAGCACAGAAUAAAGAUUGGAGGAGAGUUAGGAAAACAUAUAAGCGAAGUAAGCAGUACAUCUUUGUUGCUGCCACACUUCCUGUAAAUGGAAAGGCUACUGCUGGAGGAGUAUUGAAACGUUUAUAUCCUGAUGCCAGUUGGAUCACUGGAAAUUAUGUCCACCGCCACAACCCAAGAUUGGAGCAGAAAUGGAUUGAAGUGACAGUUGACUCACAAGUAGAUGCUCUUAUAAGUGCUGUAAAUCUUGGCUUUAAGUCCGCAUUGAAUUCCUCACGUGGUGUUACUCGUACAAUGAUAUUCGCCAACACUGUUGAGGCUGUUGAAGCUGUUGCCAACAUUUUGACAGGAGCAGGAGUUGAAUGUUUUCGAUAUCAUAGUGACAGCUCUCUUGAUGAGCGUACAAAAAAUUUAUUAGAUUUCCAGCAGAAAGGUGGUGUGUUUGUGUGUACUGAUGCUGCAGCACGUGGUUUGGAUGUUCCAAAUGUCUCACAUGUUAUUCAGGCUGAAUUUGCUACAUCUGCUGUGGAUUUCCUCCAUAGAGUCGGACGUACAGCUAGAGCAGGUCAACCUGGCCUAGUGACAAGCAUGUAUAACAAAGCAAAUCGUGACCUUGUCGCUGCAAUUCGUCAAGCUGAAAGACAGGGUCAACCUGUGGAGAGUGCCUUUAGUAGGAAAAGGAGCUUUAGAAACAAGCUUAAGAAAAGAGGUAUCAGGAAUAACAGAAGUGAUGCUUCCAUUUCUGAAGGAGUCCUGGCAUAGAGAAGGACCCUGAGGUUUUAGCUGCUUACUUGCUCAUUUUUUUUGUUACACUUGAAUUAGUUGUGAGCCGUUCCGAAUGUACAGGCUAUGUUGUAAAAUGUUUCUGAGCAAAAUGGUCUUAAUUGAAUAUUUUAGUGACCUAUUACUUGGUAAAGGUUUAACCUACAAACGGCACAUGUUGGGCCAGACAAGAGGGAAAAUCAGCAAUCAAAAAUCAAAAUGAUUGGAUAUUAUUAGGAAAAUAUUGUGGGGUUCUCUAAAUAUUAGUCUAAGUUGUCACCAUCAAAUUAGGCGCAUGACUGACGUAGUUUCUGGGAAGGCCCUACCAAUAAUAAGGCCAGUGUGAAGCAGUUAAGAUAGAUGAUUAGAUGUUAAAGCAUGUAGAAAACUUUGCUAAUAGCGCUGCAUAAUUUGGACCAUUUAUUAUUUUCAGUUAGGUAGUUCUACAUGGCAACUAAAGGUCAAAAUGGAAGACAAAACUGAAUUGGUACUUGAAGAAAAGGGAUUAACUUUCAUUGACUUCUUUAUUAACAGCCUCCUAGAUAUACUAGUAGAUUGAUGUAGAAUACAGAGUGCAGAACAUUUUAUUGAUACACGAUACUUUAGACAAGAACCUCGGCAGUUUUCGUUUUGCUACAUGCUUGUAACUGCCAUUCUACCCCCUUUUUUUCUAUUAGCAUCAUCCUUCAAAUGUUGCACAAAUUCAUCAAUAGACUGGUCUGAGCUUCCCUGUUCUCCAACCGCCGCUUUUGCCAUUUCCCUCCAUUUGUUGGCAUUUUUUCUUAUUUCCUGACUUCUCUCGCCGUCCAUAACUUGUUUCAAGCAAUAUAGCAGCUCUUCUCUUCUUACGAUUCCAAAUUCAUCUUCCUUGGCUCUAAAUCCGACACCCCAUAUCUCCUCUAUGAACUUAGCAUCUGUCAUUUGGUCAGACCAUUGAGGCAUCGCCACCAUUGGCACUCCGAGGCUCAACCCUUCAAGCGUUGAGUUCCAUCCACAGUGUGUGACGAAGGAACCGAUGGCUGGGUGUGCCAGCAUUUCCAGCUGAUUACACCAUGACACAAGCAGACCCUUUCCUGCUACUGAAUCCAUAAAUGUCUCGGGAAAUUUGCUGCGUUCGGUCUCUCUCACGACCCAAAGGAAGUUAAAGUCUCCGGCUUUAAGGGCAUAGGCAAUCUCUUCCAUCUGUUUAGCAGAUAAAGAUACCAUGCUUCCAAAGGAUAUGAAAACCACUGAUCUCCUUGGCUUAUGUUGAAGCCAUUUGAUGCAUUGAUCACUGAGGGGCUUCCAUAAACUAGCUCCAUAUCCCUUGUCUCCCUCAAUCCUGCCGUCCAAAUAAGCUGACGGGACCAUAGGUCCGAUCAACUUUGCAGGCCAGAGCUCUGAUACACUCUUGGCUGCCU